AUGGCUUCCACUUCGUUUCAGCCUGUCUACCAACAAGGGGAUCCCGGGAAUGGUAUUGGAGAUUAUGACCUUAGGUCAAGAGCAGAUCAGGUAUUCGCAUUUGAUUAUAACCAUAGCGGAAAGCUUGAUCAUCUUGCCCUAUAUCGGCCAGGAACUGGAACAAUCUGGAUCCUUAAGAAGAAUAUAGAUGGUGUAUUCUAUCCCGUCUAUCAUCAAGGAGAUCCUGGAGACGGUAUCGGGGGCUACGACCUAAAGUCAAGCGCCGAUAGAGCAUUCGCGUUUGAUUAUGAUCAUAGUGGAAAGCUUGAUCACCUCGUCCUAUACCGGCCAGGGACUGGCACGAUCUGGAUCCUUAAAAACACAGACGGUGUAUUUCAUUCCGUCUACCACCAAGGAGAUCCUGGAAAAGGCAUUGGAGGUUACGACCUAAAGUCGAGCGCCGACCAAGUAUUCGCGUUUGAUUAUGACCAUAGUGGAAAGCUUGAUCAUCUUGCUCUGUAUCGACCAGGGACUGGAACGAUCUGGAUUCUCAGAAACAGAGACGGUGUAUUCCAUCCUAUCUAUCAGGAAGGAGAUCCCGGAAAAGGCAUUGGAGGUUACGACCUAAAAUCGAGCGCCGACCGAGUAUUCGCGUUUGAUUAUGACCAUAGUGGAAAGCUUGAUCACCUUGCUCUAUAUCGACCAGGAACCGGAACAAUCUGGAUUCUCAGAAACAGAGACGGUGUAUUCCAUCCUAUCUAUCAGGAAGGAGAUCCCGGAAAAGGCAUUGGAGGUUACGACCUAAAAUCGAGCGCCGACCGAGUAUUCGCGUUUGAUUAUGACCAUAGUGGAAAGCUUGAUCACCUUGCUCUGUAUCGACCAGGAACCGGCACAAUCUGGAUCCUUAAAAACGGAAACGGUGGAUUCCAUCCUAUCUAUCGGGAAGGAGAUCCCGGAAAAGGCAUUGGAGGUUACGACCUAAAAUCGAGCGCCGACCGAGUAUUCGCGUUUGAUUAUGACCAUAGUGGAAAGCUUGAUUAUCUUUCUCUGUAUCGACCAGGAACUGGAACGAUCUGGAUAUUGAGGAGGCUUUAA